AGGUUUGUUUGCUGCUUUGUGUCAUUCAUAAUUGCUUAUACUUGUCGCAGGAAAUAGAAAUGAUAAAAUGUUUUCUCUGGACUUUGCUCAAGGGACAUUUACUUCCUUAUAAAUCUAAUACUUAAGUUUUAAACAAGUUUAUGAAAGGUCUUAGAUGUGACUGAAAACAAAACAUUCAAAGUUGGAUAAACUUCCACACUGAAAUCUUAAGGGAUUUAUCUCGCAUACCACAAUGUCUCCAAACAGAAAAUACACAACUUUGCGUUUGAUAAUGAUUUUUAGAAUUUGUUUUUGUUCAUAUGGUCAACCUCUCAUCCAAAUUGAAAGAACAGAAUCGAAGACUUUGGACAAAAAUCCGGGGACUGCUCAUUUGUACGAGGAGAUUAGAAAACAGUCGAUUCAACUCUUAGAUGCAGAGCACAAAGUCUCUUUCAUCUCAUCGGAAAUAAUGGGUAUCUACAAAAAAGACGUAACAGAUUUGAUGAGGAAAUUUACAGAAUUAUCCAGGGAUGCUGAAAUCGUUUCACAAAAUUUGACUGAAUAUGGAAACAGUGUCGACGAAACGGAUAAUUCCCUUGAAGAAUUUUAUGAAACAUUUAAUAUGCUGUCCAAAAAUGUCUCUGAGUUGUUGUUACAUUCGAAAAGUCAGGAGAAAAGGGAAAAUCUUUUAGAUGAGGAAAUUAGGGGCUUGGUGAAUCAAACAAUAAUUGCCAAAAACGAGUCGCAAAAAUUACAAUCAAGCUUUGAUAGCAUGAAAAGAAAUCCAGUUGGUUUUACCGUGUAUCUCGGACAAGAUGCUAACUACACUGACAAGAGCAGGCUAAAUUUUGCUGAAGUGAUAUCUAACAUCGGAGGACAGUUCAAUAGAGAAGAUGGCGUGUUUAACUGUCUUACGUCUGGGAUGUACUUGUUUUCUGCUACAAUAUGCUCCCAGAUAGGUAGUCGGGCUCAUGCUUCCAUUGUACAAAAUACGAAUACCGUCUUGUCGCGUUUGAUUGCAGAGGAUAAAAAUACGCAUGAUUGUGGUAGUAUGGACGUUGUCUCAGAAAUUCUUUCUGGAGACUUAGUUUGGAUAAGGUCGGAGAACUUUUCCAUGUUUGAUACCCAAACUUACUUUUCUGGGGUUCUGAUCAUGAAAACUGUCUAAUUAAAGAUAGUGUAACAA